UCCAGGGCCCUAAUUCUGAGUGACCGUGAUUCCUUUCAGCAGCACCUUGAUCUUUGUAGUAUCCACAUCUUCCAAUCAGAAACUGGAAUGAGCUCAUAGUGAAGUGAUUUUUGGCUCCUGAUUGUUAACAGAGUCAGGCAACGCCCUGUACAAUACGUCGAUUAUAAGUUGAGUGUUGGGACUCUCCUGCCUGUGGAUCUGAUCGGAACUUCAAGCAACCAUUUCGACUUCAUCUCCAACCCAGCUCCAGCUCCUUCCUUCAGCACCAACCACACUUGCUAAAUGAGGAAAAGGGCAAAGUUCAUUGAGCAAUAAAACUCCCAUCAAUCCAACCACAGCCGAUUCCGACACGAGCUGACUGAACCAGGGUUCAUGUUGAAUGUUGCUGAAGAGCCCAGUGGAUGUUGGCCGCCAGUGUCCAAAUUUGGACCCCUAGCAGCGUGAUUGGUAUUGCUGUGUAAAAUGUGUGCCUAAGCGUCUACAGUAUAAACUCCUCCCUUCCCCCUUAACCUCCCCCCCCGUCCCCCACCACCACGCCGAGAAGGCUGGACCAAAGGAGUCAUGCUUUCAGCUCUUGUGGGUGGAGGGGUGAGCAGGGGUCAGCAACUCUCGACGCCCGAGGCUGCCUCCCUUCUGCUGGCCCAGGAGUUGUGUAUCGGACUGCGGAACCGGAGAGUGACCAGGAUGUCGGCCCAGAGUAGGCCCUCUCAUCAGCCACAGGCCUCUCACCAGGCCCACAGGCUCGGGCCCCGAGCCCGGCAGCUUCCCGCCUCCGCCUCCACCCCCCUCCUCCUCCUCCCGGACCGCAGGGCGACCAGGGCGUCCUCCCAGGGCAGGCCCCCUCACCACGUGCCAGAGCAGCACGUUCGUACGCAUACACUCAAGUCCAGCGGGCGGAUGGUCAGGAAGCUGAACUACCGCAAGGUGGCGAACCGGGGCCUCCUGCAGACAGACGCGGCUGCCACCAAGCGGAAUGCCAGGCCCAGGAGUAAGGAUCCAGCGACAGAAGGGCACCUGGAGGAGCACGAGGCCCAGGAAGUUGAAGCGGUGCAGAGGAGGAGAACAGGGGCUGUAGGCAAGAGCCAGUCCGUAGCUCGCCGGAGUAAGGCCCGCUCAGUUGUGAAGCCAGGCAGUGACCAGGCCAGCUGUGAAACACAUCCCAGGACUCGGCUUUCAUCCGCUACUGAUAUCGAGUUGAGAGUCAAGUUGCCUGAAGCCCAUAUCCCUUCUGGUGAAGAGGUGGCUGCUUUAGCAGUCAGUCCGAGCGGUGGAGAUGACGUGAGCAGUGGGGCCAGGCAUGAGAGAGCUCUAAUGGACCGGUGUGGGAGGCGGAUCCCUGCCCCUGCUGACGUACCCCCGUGUGUAACCAAGUGUCGUCAUCUCCUGUGUCAAACUGCGCAGCAGCCGCCCAGCGGUGAUGGGCCGGGGCGGGCGCCUGCCAAUCAAAGGGGCACUGAAAACGCAGCAACCAACGACGUGCAUCCCGAAAACACCAGCGCCGAAGGCCCGAGCCACCCCACCAGGCCAGUGAAGCACACUAAAGUUGAGAAGCUAGACAGAGGUGAGGGUACUGGUGACGCAUUUAGAGACAAUGCAGUAGUUACCCAUGCAGCGAGCAGCCAGACAUUUCCAGAGACUGUGUUGGUUCAGGGGACGCCUGUGGAAGGCUUUGUGAACAGCGAUGGGCCUGAUCAGAUUCCUGCCUCUGUGUCUGUUGAAGGCCUAGUGACGAUUGGGAUGAUUGUUGAGACCAGGCCUGGUGAGGCACCUUCACAUAACGGCACUGUCCUAUUGCCCGUGGGAAGCGAAAUCACCAGCAAUGUAUUGGUCUUUCAGGCCUUAGAAGGUGGAAUAACCAGUGAGCAUAUGACCUGCAUAAAUCUCAGAGCAGCUCAGCACCCUGAGGGACCUACAGCACACAGCGAGUUGACCGCAGCCAAGGUCAUGGCAUCAAAUGGAACCAUUCAGGGUUUGAUGCCUGGUGCACCAUCUGGGAAUACAGAAAUGGUGGAGACGCAAGCAGAAAGGGAGAUGACCCCAGACAGGCCUGGUAGAGAGGAACUGACCAGCAGACAACUCACUGUGAUUCAGCCAGCCACCGAAGGCCAAGCACAGGAAGAGGCAGGUGCGGGACUUGUGAUUUUUCAGUUUCCAAUUGAGCGCAGGGUGACUGACAGUCGCGCAGACGCAACAGCAGAUCCACCGAUGGCUGCAGACACUGGCAACUCAGCACCCUCGCGAGUUACAGCUACUAAAAGCUCUCUUCCCGAGAACGACGUCCCUGCAGAAACGAGUGCGGAGAUGUCCGCGGAACGUGGGUUCCCUGACGGAUUUUCUGUAGAAAAGGCGAUGGCCAGCAUUAUGCUCAGAAUGAACGAGCUGGUCGAUGUGCCGACAGACAUCACUGAGGAUUCGGGAGACGACGAGCUGACCACGGACGAUGAGCUGAGCUCUGACAGCGAGCUGACCACAGAGUAUGAGCUGACCUCUGAGGACGAGCUGCCCACAAGCAGCCAGGUGGUUGAUGAAACACUAAUGGAGACCGAGUUGGCUGACAUUCCAGCAGAUACCAGUGCGGCUGCUGUGGAGGUUUGUACAGCAGUGGAACUGGCCAAGGAAAUGGGUGUGGCACCUAGUACCCUACUUCCAGAGAAACCGCUGGUGAAUGAGCCAGCCGAGGAAGCUGAAACAGCUGGAGAUGUGACUUAUGAGCUUCACUUCGAUGGGGAGCUGGUCGACAUACCCACAGACAUAGUCAUUAUUGACCUAACUGGAGAGAAUGAGAAUGAAGGGAUAGCUUUUGAUUUUGGAUUAACCAAGGGAACUUUUGCAGAAAAUGGGUUAGUUGUGAUAUCAUCAGAUAACACCGGGCCAUCAAGAGCGGUGUUUUCCCAAGAUAGGCUCUCCGAGAACAAAUUAGUUAAGUUUUCUCAAGAGCCUUUGGCCUCCCUAAAGGAUGAGGGGGUCAGAGAUCUUUCUGCAGAGGGCCCAGUGACUGCUGGAGGGCUUGCAGAGAGUGCUUUGCUGAAGCCACCUCUGGGUACAGCUGAUGUGGAGACCUCUGCAGGAGAUGAAGUAACGACAGUAUUGAUCAAUGCUGGGUCAGACCCUGGGGUAACACUUGGAGGAGAUAUGAAGGGAAACCAGACGCCAAAUGAAACUUCCGUCCACAACUCCUUCCGAAACACUGAGCCACUGACGCCAAAAAGAGUUGCUGCCAUUGGCAAUAAUACAAUGAGUAGCAAGGUUAAUGAAUGCCAAAAUAUUGAGCUCCGUCACAGUGACUCAGGCUCUGUUCCACUGCCACUUGGACAGACCACGCAUGAUCCGUGCCGAGAGCAGGAGGUAAACUGCGUAGAAAAGAAAAGCAGUCAAUUAAUUACGGACGGUACAACCACUUUUGGAAAAUUUGGAACGGUACCAGUGUGUGAGGAAGCAGCCCCAUGCGCUGUAAAACUGAAAGCACUGAGAAACACGAGGAGGAGACCAGAUUUUGCCAGGUUAAAGGUGAGGGAAUCAAAUCGUGCUGUGCUCUUGUCAAAUUGUGCUCAGAAUGUCCCCACACUGGAAACGUCCUGGGAGGAUAGGACAUUGAAAUGUGUGGAUUGUGGCUGCAGCAAAUGUGAGAGUGUUUACAUGGGACACAAGCUCCAACAUAUGGAAGGGGUAAGACUAAAGAACCAGCCUGUUCUGCUGAUGGACGAUUUGGGGCAUGGUAAACAGUGCAGAACGCUCAUGCUCCUCGAACAGUUGUCUGCCAUCGCCAACGGUCUGGGUGUGUUUUCCGAGUGUGUGGAAAUGCAGCAGGAUUUCUCUGACGUUAUUGUAGCUCUGGGAAUGUGCAGUAGGUUUCAAUUCCAAAAAGGUAUUGACCGACCGUUUUGCUUGAGUUCUGAGCGAGUGCCCCACUUGGAUCCUUUCUGCCGCCUCUCGUCCCCAGGUUCGGAGCAGUCUGCCAGUGGGAAGCCUCUUGCUCAGUCCCACCGAAAGGACCCGCGCUGGCCUUUCCCACCGUCGAUGCAGUUCCGUUGUCCUGACUUCCCGAUUUCGCCUCCUGUUGAGCUGGCUUCCUUACUGUCGUGUUUAACCCGCGGCGGUGAGGCAGGCGAUCACUGCUGCGAAAGGACAGUCGCUCCACAACAUUCCCAGACGGCUUCCCAGUGCCACGCUGGCUUUGGCAAGACCCGUCGGACACCAGGUCUGCCGUUCACGACCGGGAGGUGCCCUUGCGCCCGUUCCAGGUUUGGGUUACACACUGUUCUAGCACUUUCGUCGCCGACCUGCUACAGACUCUGGACACGGCAGCGUCACUUCGGCAGAGCCCCUGACGCCCACCGGCCAUUCUUGACUCAGUUUGGAGAGAGUUUGGGAAAGCUUACUCUCCCAGUUGGUUCUGACAGACCGUUUUGGUGUCUGAACUGCGCCCUUGGCGGUGUGGUGUCGUGGUGGAGUCAGCACUGUCCGACACUGAGAUUCAGCACCAGCCCUUCCAAUAACUGUGGGAGGAGCACUCCCAGUUUCCAUCCGUCCAAUAUCAUCGCUGGAAAUGGAGCCAAUAUGAGUGAAGCCAAGUCCUUGCUAAUUCUGCAGACCAAUAAGAGAAUUGACCUGCAGCCCUUGAACUUUGCCUGCAUUAAAGAGCCGUACCCCACUUUACCAGACCCGCCUACCUCAACACCAGGAUGCACUGUUACUGACAGCACCUUCAGCUCCUCUGCACCCCUCGUCCCAAGCAUUACUUACGUCGAAACCCAACUUCACUCGGAAGAAAAAGAGGAACGUAUACCUUACGACAAGUCUGUCAGCAAAUCGAAGGGAUCUCUGAGGAAGGUCUCCCAGAUCCGAAUCCGGAAAGGUGUUCCCAAACAAGACACUAAUCUUACCCCCAUGGGGCUGCCCAAACCCAAGAGAUUGAAAAAGAAGGAAUUCAGCUUGGAGGAGAUUUACACUAACCAGAAUUAUAAGUCGCCAUCUGCACACAGCAAGUAUCUGGAGACUAUUUUUGAAGAGCCUGUUUUGAAGAAAGGCUCCUUCGUCUGCACCAGUCUCCAAAAACGCAAGCGCCUCUUAGAAUUCCAGGACUACACCCUCCCACGCAAGAGACGGGCGCACGCUGGAGUGAAGAUUCUGAGCCGGACACGGGGCAGAAAGGCCACCACACGUGACGGGGAGAUCGAUUCACUACUUGUUCAAAAACUGACCGAACUGGAGGCCUACCUGGACGAAGAGGACUAAAGCCACCGUAAAAUGUAGCCAUCUGUUCUCGCCUUGCGUUUGCCCCCCACAGUGUCCAGGUCUGUUUACACUACAUGCCGGGAGGUCGGCCGGUUACACUCUGUGUACUGCCUUGUUUUCUGGUCACUGGGGAAGAGAAUAGUGCCAGGCUCGAAAGCCACUGCAUGCGACAAUAGAAUGGGGGGGGGCGGUUGGAGGAGGUUCAGGUGAGGUGGGGUGUACGGGUCUUUUAAACGGCAACUCCCGCUGCGGGUGAGUGGCGCUGCAAAGCAGGGUCAUUCAUUGCACGGAGAGUGCGAUGCAGGGCUGAACCGAGGUGGGAAAGGACACCUCGUAUGCUCACUCACUCGCUUGCCGCCUCGCAAGCGAACAAAGCUGUUGCUGCUCCGACUUUGCACACAGUUUGAAUUUACUGUCACGAUGGGGAAAAGAGAGGCUCCAACGUAGUGCAGAGAGCGUCUCUUCAAGUGUUUACAAAGAUUGCAGAUCCUGCAGUGAAUCUUCAGAGGGCUGGGCUGGAUUCACUGCUCAGUGGAGCACUCCAUUCUUGAGUGUUUUCUGGUUGGGAUCAGUUUGGGUGGUUGCUGUGUUUGCUUAUAUAUAAUAUAGUGUACAUAUAUUAUAUAUGAAUAUAUCUCGAAGCAACUUGAGCCUAAAGUGCUAAAAGUAAAUAUUCCAAAGUAAAUAUUGAAACACAAAUGAUUUUUCUGUCUGUCUAUGUGUUGCCUAAUAAAUGAGUGAGUACAAGUUCCACUGACUCAUUGGGAAGGGGGGGCAAACGUCCUGCUUCCUCUUCCAGUGAAUAAGGUGUAAGCUUUGUUGUUGCCUGAGGAGGUACCUGUACACACCUUUUUGUCCAA